AUCACGCGUCUCCAGCGCCGACGACCAGGCAGUAACCGUUGCCCCUUAAUGGACCCGAAAUGACAGCCGGGGAAGCAGCGCAGCCAUUAGCUUAGCAGCGUCUGAAUUUUAGGACAGCCUACACACAGACGAUGCUGCGUAAUUACCUCUAAUCCUGCUGUGGUUUCCAGCUGUGCACGACACCUCGCCUCUCUUAACGUUGAUCCGACAGACACGCAUCCUGCAUAUGGAUUUUUGCAAAAUCAUGACGAUCGCCACUGAACUACAGGGAGAAAUGGCCAAUAGCAUGCAUCGUACAUUUACACAACAUGCAAUAGGAUACAUGUAAAUAGAAAGCGGCGAAGAUGGGAUGCAUCACAGCGUUUCUGCGAAAAGUAAGACACAGGAUGAAGCUGGAGCGGUUCAGAGAGCUGGGACGACAGUAUCCAGUGUUCUGCUUCCUGCUGCUGGUCCUGCUGCUGUCCACUUUGCUUUUAAACAGAUAUAUUCAUAUUAUAAUGGUGUUUUGGUCCUUCCUGGCUGGAGUCAUCACUUUCUACUGCUCUUUAGGACCAGAGUCUCUCCUGCCCAAUAUUUUAGUCUCCAUCAAACCAAAGACAAAGACUUACCAACAGGAGCUGUUUCCACUGGGCCACAGCUGUGCUGUCUGUGGGAAGAUCAAAUGCAAAAGGCACAGGCCAACUUUAUUACUGGAAAACUAUCAACCAUGGCUUGACUUAAAAGUUCCCUCUAAGGUGGAUGCUUCCCUUUCAGAGAUUCUGGAGCUUGUUCUGGAAAAUUUUGUUUAUCCCUGGUAUAGAGACAUCACAGAUGAUGAGGCGUUUGUAGAUGAGCUGAGAGUGACUUUGCGCUUCUUUGCCGCUGUGUUGGUUCGACGAACCCAAAAGGUGGAUGUGGCAUCACUAAUCACACAAAAGCUUCUUAAGGUUUCCAUGAAGCACAUUGAAAUAAUUAGCAAAGCAAGACAGAAAGUGAAGAACACAGAGUUUCUACAACAAGCUGCUCUGGAUGAAUACGGCCCAGAUCUCCAUGUGGCCCUUCGUAGUCGCAGAGACGAGCUGCUCUACCUCAGGAGGCUGACAGAGAUGCUCUUCCCUUACAUCCUACCACCUAAGGCUACAGACUGCAGAUCUCUUACUCUCCUCAUAAGAGAAGUCUUGGCUGGCUCUGUCUUCCUUCCUUCAUUGGACUACUUGGCUGAUCCUGACACAGUGAAUCAUUUACUGUUGAUAUUCAUCGACAACUCCCCUCCUGAAGAAGCCACAGAGCCCUCCUCAAUGUUGGUACCUUUCCUGCAGAAGUACUCUGAUACCCGCAACAAGAAGCCAUCUGAGCUAAAGCUGGAGUUGAAGGAAAUCAGAGAACAACAAGAUCUUCUCUUCCGUUUCAUGAACUUUCUGAAGCAAGAAGGAGCUGUUCAUGUACUCCAGUUCUGCCUUGCAGUCGAGGAGUUCAACGACAGGAUUUUGUGCCCAGAGCUGUCUGACUCAGAGAAGAUACUACUGCAUGAGGAAGUAAAGAAAAUCUAUGAGACGUACUGUUUGGACGAGAGCAUUGACAAGAUCCGCUUCGACCCCUUCAUAGUGGAAGAAAUACGCAACAUUGCAGAGGGUCCAUAUGCAGAGGUGGUGAAACUGCAGACUAUGAGGUGUUUGUUUGAAGCCUACGAGCACGUCCUGUCCCUCCUGGAGAACGUCUUCACACCCAUGUUUUGUCACAGUGAUGAGUAUUUCCGACAGCUUCUGAGAGGGGCCGAGUCCCCUGCAAGGAACUCCAAGAUGAGCAGAAAUAGCCUGAGUUUGGAUGACAUCCGUUCCUGGGACUGGAGCCCCGAGUCCCCGUCCUCACUGUUCACCGCCUCUGGCAGCUCUUCACCCGCAUCUUUUAACUCCCUCCAUGCCCAGUCCACGUUCACCACCUUACCAUACGGCUCGCUAUCCCACCGCCACUCAUCACCCAAGAACACCUCAAAGAGGGGCGAGUCCUUUGGGAUCAGCCGCAUUGGCAGCAAGAUCAAAGGAGUGUUCAAGAGCACAACCAUGGAGGGGGCCAUGCUGCCAUCCUACGGGCUGGUGGAGGGAGAAGAUGAUACGGUAGAGGAAGCCAUGAUGGUGCUAGAGGAUGACUCCCCCAUGGAGGCGGCCUCCACCCCGAGCACUCCCCGAAACCUCUCAGCCUGGAACAUCACCAUCCCGUACAUUGAUUUUUAUGACGAUGAUGUGAAGAGGGAGAGGAUUCCUGUGUUCUGCAUUGAUGUAGAGCGUAAUGACCGGAAAGCAGUGGGACAUGAGACUGAGCACUGGUCUGUGUACAGAAGAUACCUGGAGUUUUACGUCCUUGAAUCAAAGCUCACCGAGUUUCAUGGCUCUUUUCCAGAUGCACAACUACCUUCGAAGAGGAUCAUUGGUCCUAAGAAUUAUGAGUUUCUCACGUCAAAACGGGAGGAGUUCCAAGAAUACCUUCAGAAACUUCUGCAGCACCCAGAGCUGAGCAACAGUCAGCUGCUUGCCGAUUUCCUGUCUCCUCACAGUAUGGAGUCUCAGUUCCUGGACAAGAUGCUACCUGACGUGAACCUGGGGAAAAUCAUCAAGUCAGUCCCCAGCAAGCUGAUUAAAGAGAAAGGGCAGCAUCUGGAGCCUUUCAUUCAGUCCUUCUUCAACUCCUGUGAGUCUCCAAAACCUAAACCCAGCCGCCCUGAGCUCACUAUCCUCAGCCCCACCUCAGAAAAUGAUAAAAAGCUCUUUAAUGAUCUCUUCAAAAACAAUGCCAACCGCUCAGAGCUGACUGAGAAGAGGCACAACCAAAACUACUUCAUGGAAAUGAUCACUGUUGAAGGAGUUUAUGACUACUUAAUGUAUGUAGGUCGAGUCGUCUUCCACAUCCCCGACUGGCUGCACCACCUGCUGAUGACCGGCAGGAUCCUGUUCAAGAACACGCUGGAAGCUUACACGGAUUAUUACCUUCAGUACAAACUGAACCAGGUGGUCCAGGAGCAUCGACUCGUCUCACUUAUCACACUACUCAGAGACUCGGUUUUCUGUGAGAGCAGCCAGCCUCGCUCGGCUCAGGACAAACAGAAGCGAUCCAAGAAGACAUUUGAGGAGAUGAUGAGCUACAUUCCAGACUUCCUGGGGAAAUGUAUUGGAGAAGAGGCCAAAUAUGAAGGAGUACGUCUGCUCUUUGACGGACUACAGCAGCCUGUUCUUAACAAACAGCUGACAUACGUACUCUUGGACAUCACCAUUCAGGAGCUUUUCCCUGAACUUAACAAGCAGGUACAGAAAGAAAGCUCUGUGAUGGCUCCUUGGAUGUAACCCUCUAAUUGUGACAAGCUGACAGGACUGGAGGUAUUCAUUCAUUCAGAGACUUUUGUGAAACUAACACAAGCUCUCCGCAGCAUGGAGAGGAAAUACAGGGCUUUUCCUGCUCUGUGUAUAGCUUACUUUGUAAAUAAAGGAUAUAAUAUGUGC